CUGAAUCUUCUACCCUUUCCUCCUUAAGCAGGUUUACCAAUUUUUGUUAAAAUGGCUCAGCUCCUGAACAGCAUACUCACUGUGAUCAAGGUGUUCCAGAAAUAUGCCAAAGAGAAUGGGAAAUGUACCUUGCUUUGCAAGAAGGAGUUGAAGCAGCUGCUCUUGGCUGAGUUUGGAGAUAUCCUCUGGAGACCAAAUGAUCCAGACACAGUGGAAACCAUCCUGAGCCUCUUGGAUAAAGACAGAAAUGGACAUGUUGAUUUUCAUGAAUAUCUCUUGUUGGUGUUCCAAUUGGCUCAAGCUUGCUAUCAUAAACUGGAUAGUAAGUCAUGUGGAGAUAGAAUCUCCCAGCAAAAAGUGGAGCAGGAGGGAACACAAGACCAUAGGUUUCCAGAAAAUACAGGCAGGCAACCCAGGCAGAGGCAUGAGGGAGAAAAGCAGGUCUCCCACUGCCUUCAGUCUGAGAGACAAAACCAGGAUGCCCACCAGGAUCAGUCAGAGAGACAGGAUAGGGAUUCCCACUAUGGUCAGGACUCCUACUGUGGUCAGUCUGAGAGACAGGAUAGGGACUCCCACCAUGGUCAGACUGAGAGACAGGAUAGGGACUCCCACUAUGGUCAGACUGAGAGACAGGAUAGGGACUCCCACUGUGGUCAGUCUGAGAGACAGGAUAGGGACUCCCACUAUGGUCAGACUGAGAGACAGGAUAGGGACUCCUGCUAUGCUCAGUCAGAGAGACAGGAUAGGGACUCCUGCAAUAGUCAGUCUGAGAGACAGGAUAGGGACUCCAGCUAUGGUCAAAGAUGGAGACAUAAAUCUAGCAGUAGCCAGCCUAAAAGACAAGGAUAUAUUUUUGCCUUAAGUCAGUAUGACAAACAAGUUCACAAUUCUCGUUAUGGCCAGAAAAACCAACAGCAAUCAGGCUCUUAUCAUGGACAGUCUCAGAGGUUGGAUCAGGAAUCAGGCUAUGGUCAGAGAGAUAGACAAGAAUUGUACUUUCAGUAUGGCCAGACAGACAGACAAGACCAGCGUUCUCACUAUGGCCAGAGAGACAGACAAGGCCAGAGUUCUCACUAUGGCCAGGCAGACAGACAAGGCCAGAGUUCCCACGAUGGCCAGGCAGACAGACAAGGCCAGAGUUCCCACGAUGGCCAGGCAGACAGACAAGGCCAGAGUUCUCACUAUGGCCAGAGAGACAGACAAGGCCAGAGUUCUCACUAUGGCCAGACAAACAGACAAGGCCAGAGUUCUCACUAUGGCCAGGCAGACAGACAAGGCCAGAGUUCCGACGAUGGUCAGUCAAACAGACAAGGCCAGAGUUCUCACUAUGGCCAGGCAGACAGACAAGGCCAGAGUUCUCAGUGUAGCCAGACAGAAAGACAAGGCCAGAUUUUCCAGUAUGGCCAGAGGGACAGACAAGCCCCAGGUUCUCAGUGUAGCCAGACAGACAGACAAGGCCGGAAUUUCCAUUAUAGCCAGGCAGACAGACAAGGCCAGAGUUCUCACUAUGAUCAGACAGAUGGACAAGGCCAGAGUUCUCACUAUGGCCAGACAGACAGACAAGACCAGAGUUCCCACUAUGGUCAGACAGACAGACAAGGCCAGAAUUCUCCCUAUGGUCAGACAGAGAGACAAGGCCUAGGUUCUCAGUGCAGUCAGAUAGAUAGACAAGGUCAGAGCUCCCACUAUGGUCAGACAGACAGACAAGGCCAGAGUUGCCAUUAUGGCCAGACAGAGAGACAAGACCUCAGCUCUCACUAUGGUCAGGUGGACAGACAAGACCAAGGUUAUCAUUAUAACCAGUCAGAUAGACAAGGCCUGAGCUCUUGUUAUGGCUGGACAGACAGACAAGGCCAGGGUUAUCAUUACGGUCAGACAGACAGACAAAGCCUGAGCUCUCACUAUGGUCAGUCAGCGAUUGGGGUAACAGGGCAAAAUAGUUACCUCCAAGGCAGUGAGGGAACAACCAGAGACUCUUAUGUUGAGCAAUCAGGAAGGUCAGGGAGACUAAGUCGAAAGACUCAAGGACAGGAAGUAAUUCAAAAUCAAGGGCAGAGAUUCCAGUCUAGGGAAGGCCAACAGAACAGCCAUCGGGCAUGGGAGCCUGAGGAGGAUAGCCAACAUGACCAACACAAACUCAUAGCAGAAAUCCAGCAAGAAAAAUCACGCAGUUACAAAGGGGGUGACUGGCAGUCAGUUAGUGGCAAGCAGGACCACAGACAGUCCCAGGCCAGGCAAAGUCAUAGAGAGGGGCAGAGCCACCAGGCAGAGGAAGAGCAGGGCCACCAAACCUGGGGCAGACAUGGUUGUGAGAGUCAAGAAACUCCAUGGGAGAUGCAGGCCAGGCAAACCCAUGAAGAAAAACAAAACCAUCGGAGACAGGACAGGCAAACCCAUCAUGAUGAGCAGACCCAUAAGAGAUGGGACAGGCAGACCCAUGAAGAUGAGCGGACCCAUCAGCGACAAGACAGGCAAACCUAUGAAGAUGAGCAGACCUACCAGCGACAAAAGAGGCAAAUCCAUGAAGAUGAACAGACCCGUCAGCGACGAGACAGGCAAACCCAUGAAGAGAGUCAAAACUGUCAGCAACAAUUGGAUAGGCAAACCCUUGAGGAGGAAGAAAGAUAUCAAGGAUCCCAGGAUCAACAAUCUUGUGAGAACCAGCAAGGCUGUGCUAAUAGAGAAAAAUUCCACAUGAAUGAGAAUAGCCAGAGGCAAGGUUCCCAGGGAAGACACAGUAACCUGACCUUCCAUCCCACCCAGACUGGUGGGAGGCCCCCAAGGAGAGAACAAGGUAGAAGUCACCCUACCAAAGCAGCUCCUACUCCCAAUCCCCUCUAUGACUAUGUACAAGAGCAGAAAAGGAAUCAGCACUAG